AUCCCAAACUGAGAAAAAAUAAUUUUCUACAUAUUGUUUAUUAAAUUAUUUAUUCAAAAUGAAUAAUUUUAAAGUAGCACGAUUGUUAAAUGCUUCAUGCAGAUUUUAUUGUACAGAAAUUCAAAAGGUAAAACCUCCUCACAUACCAGUUAUGGCAAAUGAAACACUUAAAUACUUGAAACCAUCUCCAGGUGAUACCAUAAUUGAUAUGACAUUUGGUGCAGGAGGUCAUACAAAAAAAAUUUUAGAAGCAGUACCUGAUGUAAAAAUAUUUGCACUUGACAGAGAUAUAACAGCCAUAAAAUAUGCUGAAGAAUUAGCAAGUCAAUAUCCUGGUCAAAUCAUACCACUACAAGGAAAAUUCUCUGAUUUACCUCAGUUAUUAAAACCUCACAAAAUAAAAAAAAAUAGUAUUGAUGGUAUGUUAUUUGAUUUUGGAGUUUCAUCAAUGCAAUUUGAUACACCUUCAAGAGGGUUUAUGCUUUCCAAAGAUGGACCUCUUGACAUGAGGAUGGAUACAUUAUCAGAUGAACCAACAGCUGCAGAUGUACUUGAAAGAGCAGAUGAAAGAGACUUGUAUCAUAUAUUAAAAUAUUAUGGAGAAGAAAAAAGAGCUAGGAAAAUUGCCAGAGCUAUCGUGGAAGCAAGGUAUAGUUUUAGAAGCUUAAAAACGACUCAUGAAUUAGCAAAAUUCAUAGAUGCCUUAUAUCCAAGUGAAGGUUCUCAUGAUGCAUUAGGUCGAUUUCAGCAUAGUGCAACAAAAACUUUUCAAGCUUUAAGAAUUUUUGUAAAUAAUGAAUUAAAUGAAAUAAAUCAUGGCAUUGUCAUUGCUGACAAAUUGCUUAAGAUUAAUGGCAGAUUGGUGACUAUAUCUUUUCACUCUUUGGAAGACACUAUUGUGAAAAGACAUCUUUCUGGUAAUUUAACUGGCACCGUAGCUAAUCAGUUACCUCUAAGAUAUAGCAAUCAUGGAAUUGUUUUUGAAAGCAAAGAAGUUGUUGAAAAUCUAACUCAGUCGCCUUGGCUAAUGCUUCAUAAACAUGUUUUACUUCCCACUGAUGAAGAAGUUUAUGAAAACCCUAGAUGUAGGUCUGCGAAAAUGCGUGCUUUAGUGAAAAUUAAAUAAUAUUUUAACAAAUGGCAAAGUGCUUGAUGUAAUCUUGUAGAAACAUUGAUCAUUGUAAAUAAAUGAUGAAACUAUAAUCAACAGAACA